GCGUUCAUCCCUCUCUCGGAGGCGGCCGCGCGGGGAAGGCGAGCGCUGCGGGGGCCAGGGCGGGUAGCGGCCGCGGCUGGUCGAGAAGCGAGUCGGCGAGAAGGGAUGGAUUGAUGGUUAAAGAUGGAGAGAGGCAGAGGAGGAGGAGGAGGAAGGAGUGUGGGGGGCUCUGGCCUACACAGGAGCAUUUACUCCCAGUCCCAGCAGCAGUAUCAUUAUCCUGCCUCCUCUUCUCAGGCGGGCUGCAUGGAAAUCCAGGAGCUGGCCUCCAAAAGAGUGGACAUCCAAAAAAAGAGAUUUUAUCUGGAUGUGAAGCAAAGUUCCCGAGGUCGUUUUCUGAAGAUAGCCGAAGUCUGGAUAGGAAGAGGCAGGCAGGACAAUAUCAGAAAAAGCAAGCUGACUCUUUCUUUAUCAGUAGCUUCUGAGCUGAAGGAUUGCCUGGGUGAUUUCAUAGAACACUAUGCCCAUUUGGGCUUGAAAAGCAGCCAGAGUCACCGGAAUGACCAUGCUAAUGGCAAAGAACAAGAUUCAAGACGGCGGCAACACCAUCAGCUACCGUCACCUCCAGCGUCAGUGGGAUCUGAGGAACAUCUUCACAGCGUCUUAAAAACUGAAUACAUCGAAAGAGACAAUAGGAAGUAUUACCUAGACUUAAAAGAGAAUCAACGUGGACGUUUCUUAAGGAUUAGACAAACCUUGAUUAGAGGACCUGGCAUGAUAGGAUAUUUUGGUCACAGUUUGGGGCAGGAACAGACUAUUGUCCUUCCGGCACAGGGAAUGAUUGAAUUCAGGGAUGCUUUGGUCCAGCUUAUUGAAGAAUAUGGGGAAGGAGACAUAGAAGAAAGGAGGAGUGGAGGUGAUGAUCCUCCUGAACUCCCAGAGGGGACUUCCUUCAGGGUGGACAACAAGAGAUUCUACUUUGAUGUGGGAUCUAACAGGUAUGGUAUUUUUUUGAAGGUAAGUGAAGUGAGGCCUCCAUACCGUAACACCAUAACUGUCCCAUACAAAGCAUGGACAAGAUUUGGGGAAAACUUUAUCAAGUAUGAAGAGGAGAUGAGGAGAAUUUACAACGGCCAUAAAGAGAAAAGAAUGGAUAUCAGAGGGGACAGUGGAGAAGAACAAGAGGGUCUUGAUUAGAAUGUUUUUCAACAGGCCAAGAAUCAAAGCAGAGAAAUGCCAGAAGGUACUGAUAUGUAAUGGCUGGAAGAAGUUGCCUUUCUUUUUGUAAGUUCUUCCCUGUUAUUAGAUAAUUCCAAUAUAUAUAACUACAUGGGUCUGGUUUUCAUGGUAAAUUACACCCAGCAACUUCUCUGGUUUCUUACAGGAACAAUUAAUCACCCUGUGAUUCUGAUUCUUAACCUCACAAAAUUAUCAAAUAUGUGUAAUAGCACUAACUGUGUUGUAAACUUUAACGAAUACGUAUAAGGUUUGUGUUGCAGUGUAACAUGAUGCAACUAAGCCAGGUGGAAUUAAUAUCUUGUAAUAGUAACCAAGAGCAUUUAUGACCAAAACUGAUCUUUAAAUUUUAAAUGAUUGUAUUGGGAAAGGUAUAUUUAAGUAAAUCUGCUGGUUACUUUAUGGUAAAUACAUUUUUAGGGGAGGAGGAAUUGGUCUUCUCUGUUAUAUUGGCCAGUGAUUAAUUUCAUGGGUACCUAACCAUAUGAUAACCCAGUAAUUUAAGUGACCCCCCAAAGAUAUAUCUAUGUUUAAUGUUGAUCAUAAACCAUCCCUUCUGUACGGAUUGUUGACAUCUUGUGAGGAGAGCUUAUUUAAAUAGCAUUACAAAAUUUCAAAACUAUUUUUAUAUUUGUGGGGUUAAGUGGUUCUAACAAGUUGCUGUCAUGUGGGACUUCGGUAGAUGAAUUAUGGUUGGGAUUAAAAUUCUAAGCAGGGAGGUUAAAUGUCUACAAUGUGGAAAAAUAUUAGAAUGAUUUCUGAUUUUAUCUUCAAAAAAAUACUUUGAGUGAUUUUGGUGCAUCAGUUGGUAUCAAGCAGAUCAGAUUUCACAUUGGUGCAAUUGAAGUUUUCAGUAAUAGCUAUCAAUUCUUAUUUUGAAAUCUUGGCUCUUAAACAUUUAUUCCAAAUUAUAAUCUGCAUUUUUCUUUUAAAACAUUAACCCAUGUAUCUCCAGAUUAAUCUGUAAAAGUGCAUUUUAUAGAUGAGUGUUUCAAUCAAAAGUUGCAUUUUGACAUUUAAAAAAUAUCAAGAAAAUAGCUAGAGAAGCUUGUGCAAGUUAGCCAGUGGUUAGGAGAUUUAUCAUGAAAAAGAAAUGUAAUAUGCAUUUUGUUUGCUUGGCAAAAACGAUUAAGAGUUCAACUCUGUCUAUAUUUAAAUGGGAAUAAAACCAACUGAAUACAGUGAAACUAAGUACACUAUAGCAUCGACAUGGCUAGGAUUGCGCUGUAAGUCACAUUUUAAAUUGGAGUUCGAAGUGCCAAAGCAUUUGCUUUUGACCUUGAUACUGUGUACGCUAUUUCUGUGUUUAAACCUGCUAUUUUACAAGUACAUGACUGCAUUUUUUUUCUUUAAGAGAACUAAGUUGGUUGUUUCAGUCUCAGUAUUUAUUUCUUUUUCAUAUCCAGAUGCUCUAAUAGCUAAGCAGCAUGGUUUUCUAGCUUCAAUUGUAUUCUGCUUGGUAUAUCCAUUUCAGUGCCAUUUUAAAUGUAUGCUGUGACCUCCUUUCCCAAGGGUUGUUAGUAAAAGUGGAGACCAUAGCCUUGCAUUUAAUUUGGUGUAAAAAGUGAUCCAAAUACUUUUAUUUAGAAAGAAAAGGAAAAAGGUUGCACCAAAAUCAUCAAAGGAACUUUAGAAAUUGUGCUAUAGUUGUGACAAAGAAAAUUAAUUUCACUGUUUUAGGUGAUUUGCCUAAUAUUUGGAAAUUGGACCUAAUGACUGUUUGGCUGUUUCAGAAAUAACUAAGAAUGUUUAACUUCAAACUAAAAUCUAGUUUUAAUAUUUCAAUUUCUAGUGGUCUGUUGGCCCAGGAUAAGACAUGAAAGAUUCUGAGUAAAUACUAGCAUGGAAGUAUACGUUCUAAGGAAGAAAAUUAGAGACCUGAAUGAAAGGAUUUUAUGUACUGUUGUUGAUUUGAUACCAGAUUUGUAGUGAAUUGUCUAAGUCUAAAUUACCAUUCUGCUGAUUUGCUGAUGCACAUCCCAAUACCUGUAGUAAUAGUAAUGUCCAGUUCUACAACACGGAAUCCAUGAAUGUAUGAAUUCCUGAUGCUCACAUUUUCCCAUCUCUUGCCUUUCUAUUUCCCCUGUUUCAUCAUAUGUAACAGAUUUUAUUUCAAAAUUAAACUUUCAUCAGUUGAUACAUUUUUAUGGGAACUUUACCUUAUCAAAUUUAAUAGAAACAAAUAUACUAAUAUUCAAUUUUUUGUGUUUGAAAAAAUGCAUUUCUUCUGCAGCUUUUUUUUUUAGCAAAUAGGUAAAGUGUAAUCUUUACCACUGCAGUAAAAAUGUAUAUUAGUUAAUACACUGGCCUGUACAAGUUUGCACUACUUUAUCUUGUUUUUUGUAUUGAGCCAGAUAGUCAGCAGUUGCUGUUUAUAUUGCUGUCUUCCCCUGCCCCAAAUUUGUGCAUUCUUGCGCCACUAAAUAAGGUUCAGUUUUCCUCUGUAUAUAGGCACAGCUUGCCAUAUUCUUCAAAUCAACUAAUGUACUUAAACACAGAUGUGAGCAUCUGAGAGGGAUUACACAUGAGCCUUAAAAUUACCACCUACUUACUAUAUAUAUAUAUAUAUAUAUAUAUAUAUAUAUAGUGGAUAUAUUGGUUUUGUCUUAUUAUUGGACAUAGCUGGAUGUGUUUAUAUCUUUAAACCCAAGGAUUAUAUGAUCCAAUUUACAUUGGUAAGAGUUGAAAUGGUGAUUUGGGAAAGAGUUUCUCUUUACAUCUGACAGCACAUGCACUUCUCUGGAAAGUGGCAAUAACAUGUUAAAAGCUUGCAGAAGGAUCUGUUACGGUGUAAGGAAAUAUUCUUUGCAUCCCAAAAAUGCCAUAUCCCUUAAACUUGAGAAAAACACAAGCUUAUUUGCACUAAAAAAGCGUGGCCAAAAACAAUUCUAGGAGGGCAGGGUGGACAUAAAUCAAUUUGUACCUCUUGAAUUAUUUGUUCUCUUGAGAGAAUUUUACGUUAAAGCCCUGACCUCUCUUUUAAAACUGUAUGGUCCAGACAGAAAGUCUGUCAGUUUUGUGAUUUCAUAAUGAUGCACUUUAUAUUUUAAAAAUAAUAGAAGCACAUUCCUGAUACUGGUCUGGUACAGUGUGUUUCAGUAUAGUAUAAAAUGAUCUUCUGCAUGCAUGUCUGUCAGUGAUUUGUUAUAAGGACUAGAUCAAAUUACAUGGGCAUGAUGAAGAAGAAUAGGCACUACAUUAAAACCGAUUAUGAGCUAUCAAGGGCAUGUAUUUUUUUAGAAUUGUUGGGUCCUGCUCUCUCUGGAUUUACAUAACCAACAUUCCUGAAACUCAAAUACUUCAACAUAUUUUUAAGGAUUCCUGCAACCUAUGCAGAUACUGGUUAAAUAACUCUGUCAUAUCUUUUGCAAUGUUGCUGCAUAAUCCUCCUCCUAAAAUGAUUAUUUUAGGGGUCUAGAUUUUUGUGGCAGCUAGGCAAGUUGGUAGGAAGCAAUGUGUAUGACUUUAUUUCAUGGAAUGUAGCCUUCCCCCCCACAAAGCAUAACUUAAAAGACUGUUAUGACAGACUGUUAUUAUAAGAAAGUUCCGUAGUAUAAAUACAAUUAUCAGAAAAUGAAAAAUUUGCAGAAGGACUGUCUUCAGACUUGUGUUUGAAAGUAUGGGAAGCAAAUACAUCAGUGCUUGAUAGAUACUAUUUCACAUUAAUAAAGUACACAAUUGUUCCUAG